UUAGGGUAAAGAAGCCACCAAAUUCAUUGUCCAAACUUCAUAAGAUCUGUCAACACCCUAAACUCAUGAAAGCAUGAAGUCCUCGGUUUUACCAGACAAACUUAUCAGCACCAGAAAGGACAGGCAUCGCUUCUUCAACUUUGGUGUUCUGCCUCCUUUCCUCUUCUUCCUCAGCCUCUUCAUCCUUUACUAUGGCUAUGAACCUCUAAGGCUCACUCGCAAUGCCUAUGUCCAUGACCAUUCGAAGUAUGAAGGAGAGGACUGUGAUCUGUACAUGGGCCGGUGGGUCCCGGAACUUCGAGGGUCCUCCUACACAAACUCGAGCUGCAGGACGAUCCCGGACUGGAAGAACUGCUUCCUGCAGGGAAGGAAGGACAGGGAUUUCCUGAAUUGGAGGUGGAAACCUGUGAAAUGCGAGCUCCCGAGGUUUGAUCCUGAGAUGUUCUUGGAAAUCGUGAGAGGGAAGACAAUGGCUUUCAUCGGCGACUCUCUUGCUAGGAACCAAAUGGAGUCCCUGCUCUGCCUCUUGUCCCAGGUAGAUACUCCAGUCGACAUUUACAAGGACUCAGAAAAUCGAUUCCAUACGUGGCGAUUCGCCGAUCAUGAUUUCACCCUCAAGGUUUUCUGGUCCAGGUUCCUAGUCAACGGAGAGGAAAUAGUAAUCAAUGGAACUCUGUCUAGCAGCUUCGAGCUUCAUGUAGACAGGGUCGACGAGAAGUGGACCUCCGAACUCCCAGGAGUCGACUAUGCCAUCAUCUCUAGUGGCCACUGGUUCUUCCGGAAAAUAUACGUGUAUGAUGGUUCCAACCUAACAGGUUGUGUCUACUGCAAUGAACCUAAUGUAAACUCCUUCGGCCCAGAGCGUGCUCUUGGUUUGGCCCUGAGAUCUUCAAUGAAUCACAUUAAGAAUUGUAAGAAUUGCAAGUCGGGGUUAGUGACUGUGCUAAGGAUGUUCUCGCCUGCCCAUUUCGAAAACGGGACGUGGAAUACUGGUGGAAUGUGCAGGAGGACAAGUCCGUACACUGAGAGAGAGGUCACCCUCGACGGCACUUACCUGCAAUUUUGGAAGGUACAACUUGAAGAAUUUGAACGGGUCAGGUUGGCCAGCCAUGGCGGGGACUGGCGGAGGUUCGGGGUCUUGGAUAUCACAAGAGCAAUGUUGAUGAGACCAGACGGGCAUGUUGGGGAGUUCUCGGGUAACAAGUGGGCGAGGGCCUACAGCGACUGCCUCCAUUGGUGCCUGCCUGGUCCCAUCGACGUGUGGAACGAAUUUUUAAUGUCAUACUUGAGAAAAUUAGCGAGAUAAUAAUGGUGAAUUAAAAUGUUAACAGAGAAUCGACGGCUAGGGACUGGUUCGACUCAUCGGCGCUCAAUUCAAUCACUCAUAUAUCGUAGGGGUAUCCAUAUAUAUUGGCCCUUUACUUCUUUUUUAACUCCUCAACAGGUCUAAAACUCAAGAACAAACAGUUUUACUUUAUGCAUUGAUCAGUAAACAAGUUGUUACUUGCAAAGGUAUUAUGCCAUUUGUUUAUUGAUGUUUAUAAUUAUCCAAUACCUGAGGACAUAGUACACAAAUUAAAAAAUAAAAGUUAUCAUGUUAUUUGGAAAUUCAAAUAACUAAUAUUUCUAUUAUAUAGAUAUAUAUAUUUAUUUAUG